UUAAAUUUCCCCCAAUUCCUUCGCAAAGUUUGGGGGAGGGAUAGAGCUCGUCCAGCUGAAUAGGAACUUACAUCCAUGGUCCCAAAUUGAUAUAUCUGGGUGGAUAGAAGCCUUGGUGGGUAUAUCACGUUACCCCAGUAUCCAUCCCGUAGGUGAGGAAUGCGCCACCUUGGCUGAUAAGGAGCUGUACUGGUAACGCCGGCGCAGGCCUCACACUGAGUUAAAAGGUGGUUUCAGUUCUUUCAGUGGUAUCUCCAGUGUCAACAUGAGUCAGUUAUCAAAACAAAAAUAUAUGGCAUCAUCUAGCCAGACACCUGGCCCAUCUAGAGUAAACAUGAAAAAGAAGAAGAUUAAAACUGAGGAAAAAAUAGUUAAGAAUGAAAAGAGAAAGGCAGAUAAAACAGAGGAAAUGCCAGCAAAAAAGAAAAUCAAGAGGGAAGCAGUACUUGAUGCUGAUGAGGACAUCCAACUGGACAUCCCAUACAUGCUAUCGCAGCAGCACCACCUGGACAUGGAUGUCUCUGUCAACAUUAGCCAUCUGCUGGAGGAGGACCAUAAGGUGUCCUUCAUCGCCCGCUACCGCAAGGCACAGACCAACAACAUCGAUCCGGAGCUGCUGCACGAGGUGGCGGCCUCACACGCCUACCUGGUGAACCUGCAGACGUCCGUCGGCAAGGCCUACAAACAGCUGAAGAAAGAGGAGAAGGUGACACCAGAGCUCCGCCAAGCGCUUGUUUCAGUCUCCAAGAAGUCUCAGCUCGAAACGCUGAUGGAGCCGCACAAGAAGGGUCCGCGCACGACAUUGGCCGCCCGCGCGCGCGACGCCGGGCUGGAGCCGGCCGCACUUCAGCUUCUCCAUGGCACCGCUAGAUGUCAGCCGGCGGCGCUCAUUCAGCCAGGACAGGAAGGCCGCUCCACGCUUGAGCAGAUCCAGACCGGGCUGAUAAACAUUAUCUGUGACGUCAUCAGCAAGGACGUCACCAUCCAGCAGGAGGUGGUGCGCAUGGCCUCGCACCCCGGCAUCCAGCUGGUCACCAAGCAGAAGGCGGCGUCCAAGAGUCAGCCGGCGCCCGCCGACGAUCAGGCGUACAAGUACAAGAACUACCUGAGCUUCCGCAAGCCGAUCCGCUGGGUACGCAGCUUCGAGUACCUGGCCAUCUGCCGGGCGGAGGAGCAGAAGUACAUCACGGUGCGGCUGGAGCUGCCGGACGAGCUGCGGUACCGCUUCAGAGACCACUGUGGACACCGGUUCCUCAGCAGCGGCAUGCGGGAUGCCGUUCGCGAGUCGAUGCUGGAGCGGGCGGUGGGCGACGUCUUCAGCAAGAGCGUGACGCGCCAGCUGGAGCGACAGGUGCGCAGCUCGCUGAAGGAGGCCGCUGAGCGCGAGGCGCUGCUGGUGAUGUCGCGCAACCUCAAGGCCAAGCUGCUGACACCGCCGAUCCGGGGCCGCGUGAUUCUGGCGCUGGACCCUGGCUUCAAGGCCUGCAAGGUGGGAGUGGUGUCGGCGCAGGGGGAGAUCCUGCAGACGGCGGUGCUGCAGCCGCGGCUGGCCGCUCGCUGGCCGCACGUCUCUUCCGACGCGGCCGCCGUGCAGCUUCGGGAGAUGGUCCAGCGGCACAGCGUCACCCUGCUGGGGGUGGGCAACGGCACGGCGUGCCGAGAGACGUGGCAGUACGUGGCCGAACUGAACGGCGCCGGCUGGUUGGCCGAUUCGCCGCUAGAUGUCACGCUGGUCGACGAGGGCGGCGCCAGCGAGUACUCGACCACCAAGGCGGCGGCCGACGAGAUGCCCGAGCUGGACUGCAGCGUCCGCAGCGCCGUGUCGCUGGCGCGCCGCCUCCAGGACCCCAUCUCCGAGUACGUCAAGGUGGACGUGACCUGUCUGGGGGUCGGCAUGUACCAGAAGGACAUGCCGGCCGGCCAGGUGAGCCUCGUGCUCGGGGACGUGCUUUCCGACUGUGUGGGCGCCGUCGGUGUCGACCUCAACACGGCCUCCGUGCAGCUGCUGCGCAAGGUGCCGGGCCUCAACGCUGGCAGCGCCGAGAACAUCGCGCAGAAGCGGCGCGAGGGCAAGCUGUUCGUCAACCGGCAGCAGCUGCGCUCCGUCAAGGGUGUCGGUCCCAAGAGCUUCGAACAGUGCGCGGGCUUCGUGCGCAUCCUGCCCGUGACGGGCGCGGCAGGCAAGAAGACGAAGAUGACGCCGAAGAAGGGUGGCAAGGUCGCGCCCACGGAUCCGGAGCCCCUGGACCAGACCAUCAUCCAUCCCGAGAGUUACCCAGUGGCCAGCAAGCUGCUCAAGCUAAUUGGCUGCUCGUCGGCCGACGUGGGUCAAGAGUGGCUGGCCGAUCGUCUGACGUCACGCUGCGGUGGGCGGAGCCGGGAGCAGCUGGCCACGGAUCUGGGCACGGACGUCCACACGCUGGAGCUGAUCAUCAAAGCUCUGUCAGAACCCGGGUACGACGAGCGCCAGGAGAUGGCGACGCCCAUGUUCUGGAAGGCGGCGAUGCGCGCGCAGGACGUGCGCUGCGGCGCGCGGCUCCGGGGUGUCGUCAGGAACCCGACAGAAUUCGGCGCCUUUGUUGACCUCGGGAUCGGCGAGUCGGGUCUGAUCCACGUCUCCAAAAUGGGCUCGGCCGAGCUGCGGGUGAACGAUCACGUCGAGGUCGAGGUCAUCAAGGUCGAGAACAAAAAGUUCAAGGUCGACAUCGGCCUGCGGCUGCUCAGGAAGCUGGACGGUCGCGCCGAGCCGAAGGCCGGAUAGGUCCGGGAGGCGAAGCUCUGAGGCCGGUCUGGUCCGUCCGUGGUCCUGACCAGGUGGACCAGACCCGCCGGCUGCCCCGGACCAGACCUGCGUCUGGUCUCCUCGGUCCGCCGGUCGACCCGACGUGGAAACCAGUGUCAGCUGAUUUGUUGAUGGCUCGUUUAAACGUGAGCACUUUUUGAAGGUCAUGUGGCCUGUUAUGUCGUCGGUUUCCAAGAUCACCAUCGACUUUCAGCUCGGAGUGCGUUGAUGCGGUGCUUGGUAUUGCGUGCAAGGCUGUGAUGUUAUGCUGAUGCAAUACACAUUCCCUGCUCGG